GGGUUCUGUGCAGAGGGACGAGUGUCAGCAGCUCACGCGGGCAGCACAGAAACAUGUGGAGUUAAAUGUUUCUGUAGUGGAUCGGAUAAAUAUGCGACCGCGCGCUUUCGAGUAAAGAUUAGAGUAAAAGGCGAGGAGGAGGACAGCAGAUCAAAUAGCUAUAAGCAAAAAGAGGAGCAGAAAAUAACAAUACUAAUGAAGAAGAAGAAGAUCGCAGCUCUUCAGAGUGAGGAAGCAGUGAGUGAUGCUGGACAAGCGUACGUUGUUGGCCUGGUGUCAGGCAGCCUCGGAGCAAAGCAGACCCCUCCAUCUAGUGGAGCACUGUCCUCCCUGUUCUCCACUGCAUCCUCUAACACUGUCGUCUUUGUUCCAGCUCAAAAGGCGAAGCCACAGGCCAGCCCUGUAAAACAAGAUUCAGAUCAAGUGCAUACCACAAAAGAAGCUCCAAAACACAAAACUGCAAAAGAAAAAUCCAUAGCUGAGAAAACUCUGCAGAACAGAGAAGGAGCUUUAAAAAAUGCAGAUGAUGAAGAUCAAGUGGAAAAAAGUCCAAAGAAGGUCAAACGCAAACUUCAGAAAGACGACAAAGAAACGGAAGAAGAGGCGCAACUGACUAAAAAACAGAAGAUUAAACGAAACAUGGCGCUAGAGAGAAUCAAAGGCAAAAGGACAGUGUUUGUUGGCAACUUGCCCGUCAACUACCAAAAGAAGAAUGUGAAGAAGAUCUUCAAGGAUCUAGGAGUCAUAGAAUCAGUUCGAUUUCGCUCAGUUGUUCAGGAAGACCCAACAAUGUCAAGGCGGCUGGCUACCAUACGACGCCAGGUUGAUCCUAAAAGUCAAAACAUCAAUGCUUAUGUGGUCUUUAAGGAUGAAGAGGGGGCAGCGAAUGCCCUGCAAAGAAAUGGGAUGGAGGUUGAGAAGGACAUCUACAUCAGAGUGGAUCGAGUUGCUAAGAAUACUCAUCCGCAUAAAAGGUCUAUAUUUGUGGGCAAUCUUCCAUAUGACAUCUCGGAGCUUCCUUUGAGGCAGCACUUCAAGGAGUGUGGAGAAGUGGAGGCGGUGCGAUUGAUCAGAGACCGAAAUUCUGGAAUGGGAAAGGGCUUUGGUUAUGUUCUUUUUGAGAGUGCAGAUUCUGUAAUGUUAGCACUGAAGUUGAAUGGAUCUGAGCUGCUCAGUCGGAAGAUCAGAAUCAUGAGGUCGGUGAAGAAGGAGAAGGAAAAGCAGGUCAGUGGGCCAGACAGGAGGAAUGCUAAAAAACUGAAGGGAAAAGGUGAUGAGAAGAGGAAAGGAGCACAACCAGGACACUUCAAAAGCUCCAAAAGUGCACCAGGCCAGAAAGGCAACAGACCAGCAGAAAAGUUUUUCAAGAAAAAUCCUGGUAAGGGCAACAAAACAUCAACGUCCUUCACGGGAGAGAUGACUGAUCCCAAUGUAAAAAAGGGCAAAGGACAGAAGAAAAAAUUUAAACACAAGAAAACGAAGAGAAGUGCCCACAUUUAAAGUUUUAUGUGUUUUGGUUUGGUGGAAUAUAUUUGAGUUAUUGUACUUUAAAACAGUACUUAAGUAUUUUCUAAAUCAAAUGUACAUUUUUGUGACAAUAAAACACAAACAUCUCAAAGACCAGGGGCCUUGUUUCUAAAACACUGCAUUGCGCCCCCCAAAAAAAUCAGAUUUAUAAAACUGUGCAUACGCACACCAGAAUGUGGCUUCCUCUUGCUUAAAUGUAAGCUCUUUUUCACAUCAAUUUUUUAAUUUUUUAAAUAAAUCACAGUUUCUGUGCACGAUGUUGCACACGCCCCCUUCAUAAAUGAAGCCCCAGGAGAUUAUGUGCAUUAAGUUUCUGCAGUAGGGCUGUGCGGUAUAAAGGUAAUAAAUCCUACCAUGGUAUUACAAAACAAUGGUAUUAAACCUUAAUACCAGCCAAGUUUGCCCCAUACAUUCAACUGGUUUUAGUCUAAUUUAAAUAAUUGCAAAAUGAGACUGCCUACACCAAUGCCAAUGUAUCUUCAUACUCCCUAUUAGUUGCCAAACCACCAAACCAUUACCUUUGCUGUAAAUCCAUUAGUUUAAUGUUGUAUUGUUGGUGCAUUUUGACUUUCUUACCUUAAAGAUUUUACUGUAGUUAACUUUUUACCCAUUUAAUUACUAUUUUAAGAGUUUAAGGAUGUAGUGGUCCACGUAUGAAUGGAGAUAAGACAGCUAUUAGGGUAUAAGCUAUAAACGUUAGCAUUGUGGAAACUGAAUACUUAUGAAUGAGUAUCCUCAUGGUAACUAGUCAUGCUUGUCCAUCCUGUUAUGAGCUUUUGGAUUUGAAUCAGCCUGUAUUAAGUAUAUAUGGAAAUUGUGUAACUUGCACAGUUGUCUGUUCAUAUUAAGUGAAAAGAACCCCCAGGAUACUUUGUUUAAAAUGGGUAUUUUUUGUUAAUGUCUUAUCAAACUCAAUCUAAACUGUAAGGUCCAGCCUAUGUGAACCAAACUGUACAUUUUGUGUAAUUUUGCUUUAACAUCUGUCAGUCCUUAAAAACAGCAGAACAUUUUCUAGAAAUUCACCAUAACUUUUAUAUGUUUAUUUGUUUUGAGAUUUAAAAAAAGAAGACUCUCCAUUACAAAUGACCUCAGCAAGGGCAAUACUCAAGCACCUUCAAAAGUACCGCGGCAUCAGACAAAUAAUACAUAAAACGGUCUACAUGUUUUUAAAAACGAAUAGAACAUAGAACACUUCUUUCAGUACAGAACUGGGCGGUGUUACUGCAAAGCUAAAUUCAUGGGUCAUGUGAUAUUGAUAUCACCAGUUAAACAGUGCUCAUUAAAAUUUAGUGUUUACAGUAAUUUUGAGCUGCACUGAAUUAACACUUUUUAACUCAAUGCAACAAAUUAACUUACCAAUGAAUUUAGCUUUGAAGUUCAGCCUCCCUAACCUUUCUUGACCUGCCAUUUCAUACAACAGACUAGAACUCUUGAUGGUAACUGAUUAGCCUAGUGGGUUUCAGUUCCAGGCCUGAGGACUUGCUACACUUAAACACUUACAUUUGUGUUUUUCUUUAAUGGUAAAAAAAGACAGAUAAUUUCCUUCAGAAGUUGAGACAGUGCUUGUGCUCCCCAGGCAUGGGACGGAAAACAACAGGCUCAGGCAAUGUAAACAUUUUGGCAGAGGAAGAUGUGUGAAUGUGCAGCAUUUGCUUGUUGCAUAUUUGCUGAUUUUUUGUCACAUAUGUAACACUCUGUAAUAAAGAAAUCUGAAAAUAUAAA